AAAGUUUCUCGCUCGCGUUGAUUCGUCCGGAGGAAGACCAUCGUCAUUUUUUCCACACGCAUCAGCCAUCAUUCUGCUUUUGCUACCCUUUUCUGCUGGAUGGUUGGUUUCGACAUCGACGACGACAAACAUUUUCGAUUCGGUUUCGUUUCGCAGCCAUAGCGCAUAGUGCCAGCAGAAAACCAAGUGGACAGUUAUUUUCAAGUGUUUUCUGCUCUCAAAAGGUGAUAACGAGUGAAAAUUGUGUUGAACCGAAUAAAAAUCGAACAACGGUGACUUGGAUUUGGGACUGCGGAAUCCGCGAUCAGAAGUUUUUGUGUUUGCUGCGUGGCGUCGGGUUUUCUCGGUUCGAUUCGAAGACGGCGGCAAAGGAAAAUAGAAGUUUUCUUGAGGGCAAAAAAUAAGAGUACCGUUUUUUUCUCGUUUCUGAUUGCGCAGCACGCACCCAGCAGCAGCAGGCGGUAGUGAAAAGUGGUGCAAAUUUUCACUGGAAUCGAAAAUAUUUUUGUUCAGAGCAGUGAGAAAAGUCGGCGAAGGAAAAAACGCGUAGCCCCAGAAGGAAAACAGCAAGCGAAAAAGAAAACGAGGGCCCUAUUGUUUGUGUGUUGGGCGCUGCUGUCCGUGUAGUGCGUUGUCUUGGGAACGUAGUUCUGUGGCUGUCUGAGUGUUGUUUUUUUUUAAUCGAAUAUCUGCUUCUGGGGCCCCAAAGUGGAGUAGGCUCUGCCUCGUAAUUUGAUUCAGCGGAGAAAAGAUGGAUUCACGUUUGGCAGUUCAAGGUGCGUUUGUGUGAUUUGAUGAAAUACCUCUAGAAGAAAACUAUCACGAUGAGGCCGAUCGAAGCUUGCAGUAGCUGAAAGAUCGUCGUUGUCACGCGAAAGGUCCGCCUCAUUAAAGUAAGAAUACGGAAUAUACAGUGAGGAAGAAAACCUUCGACCAUCUCAUCGAAGGCCAAAUUGCGACUUUGUUGUGGAUUAUUCUGACAGCGGAACCCAGCAGACCCUGAAGCAGAAUCGAUUUUGUCCCUCGAAAGUACAGACGUUCGUAACCGCCAUUUCAAAUAGGAAUAAUUCAAAGGUAAAAUUGAUGAGCGCCGCAACCAAAAUCAUCAGUCUGUGUUGAAACUUCGCAUCAGAUAAUGGCAGAAAAAUGUAUCGUCACGAUUAAGGAAGAGCAGCAGCACCAACAGCAAUGUCCCAGCCCGCUGGCGGAGAUCAAGAAUGAUUCAGUAACCGGUACACCUACGACGACGAUCAUUGCCAGCGGUAUCCCAGCAGCGAUAAGUUUGUCAUCGACGACGACGGUAUCCGCCUCUUCGACACCCACGCAAAGCAGUACGUUAGGCUGCGAUGAUGACGACCAGGAGGGGAGGGGUGGUCACCCGCGCGGAAAGGAUUGCUACGCUUGGUUCUAUCCGACGAACGAUGGUGUCGUUGUUGGACACUCUACCGGAAACCAGAUUCAUCUGGAAACGCCAGCAGUUGAGGAAAAAAGCAACGGUGGUAUGAAUCUAGCCAAACCAAAGCGACUGAGUGACGAGUUUUACUCGGCCGAUGAUGACUAUGACGAGGAUGAAGAUGACGAGAUGAUUGGUGGUGGGGUGGAUGUUGGUAUCGGUAGUAGUAGCAGUAGUAGUGGCAACAUCAGUUUAACCGGAAUCAGUAAAAGUGCGGGAGGAGAAGGAGAUUGUGAAGCGCAUGCCAGUUUAAAUGAAAUCAAAAACCUCAGCAUCACGAAUGGUGCUCCGGAGCUCGGAGACGAGCAGGACGAAAAUUCGAUAUCCGACCCGAUUUAUAUCAGUGAGGAAACUUCGUCAUGCAGUAGCGGUCACCAGCCAAUCGUAGCUGAAGAAGCAUCCAUAAGGGCACAAGAGACUGAACAGCUAAGCCGGCAACAUCAGCCGGUGCCUUUGGGAAUGGAACAGGAGGAAAUUCCAGAGGAUGAAGGUGUUGCUGCACUGGAAGAUGACCUCGAGGAUGAUGAAGAUGAUGAGGUGGGGGAGCAUGAUCCUCAUGAUGUGCAAUCAAUCGAUGCAAUCGAACGUCGGGAUUUUGAGCAGGAACAAAAACUGACUGGCGGAAUAAUAAUUAAAAAUAGCGCUUUGAUACCCGAUAACCAUAGACUGAAUUUAGAGUUAAUAAGUAGGUUUAAUAGGAAGCGCAAUGAUGCAUUGGCAAAGAAAUCUCAGCCAGAGAGCGGCAAGAUUCACCAUGCAACAACGCCAACUAGCAGUAGGCAUGUGUACAAGAAUUGUUGUAAUAAUCCAUCUAGUUCUAAUAGUUCUAGUAAUAGGGAACAAAACAGUAAUAGUACAACAAAGUCAGCCGUAAAAAUAAAUCUGUCAGCUAGUCUUGAUAACUACUGCGCAGCUAGUGAAUCAAUUAGUGAGUCGAAUGCAGCCGAUGGGCCUUCCUGUUCUUCCUCGAUGGCUUCGUCCUCUUCUUCGGUCACCCAUAGCAGUAAGGCACAGCAUCCCCAACAGCAGCAGCUUGACGCGAUCUUCAACAGUAACUCCAACGAUAGUCUUUCGUCCGAUCGUUCAAUUUUCAUCCCUAACCUGCAAGCUCUUAAAGCAUCUGCCAAGGACUGUCCCACGGCUCCCAGCAGUAGCGGUUUGAAUGAACCUGGUACAUCAUCUUCUUCUUCAUCGCCAUCACCUUCGUCGGCAAGCUGUUCCGCUGGACCCUCAUCGUCUGGAGCAACCAAACCGCCAUCUGACUGCAGUUUAGCAUCUUGUGCGACCUCGGUAAUCAAACAAACCGGAGAGUGCAGUAAAAACAUCAACCAUAAUUCGCUUCCAUCAACUAGCGUUAGCAAUUCCUCGCUAUUUUCCUUCAGUUGUCCCUUCGACAGCGCAGAUCGUGAAACAGGUGAAGGUUGUAGCAGCGGUAGUGUUUCCCUCAGAAGAUUUUCUUCUAACGGAUCGAAUUUUGCCGACAACAUUGCUGAUGAUGUACAGCCUUCCAGUUCUCACCGAGGUCGAGGCCGGCAGCCACAACUUCAUCACGAACAUAAUCACAUGGAGGAUCCCUUACUGGAACCUUCUCAACUAUCCAUGCCUCCGGAGCUGACGUACGCUGCUGGCGUGGUCGUCGAUCACGAAUGUGACGAAGACAACUGGGCCGACUGUGAAGAAGGCUCCGACGAGGAGGUUUGUACUUGUCGAGAUUAUACGGAUGAUGAAGGAAACGGAACAAGCGGUGCCGGCGGUCAUGCUAGCAGUGAAGACGAACUUCCCUCCCGGGAUGUUGAUCUGUCCAGUUUUACUCAUAUGGAUGCUGCCGAGGACAUUCUUGCUCAUGAUCCAAGUAACGGUGGUACAGGUGGCGCUGCCAACAGCAGCGGGAGCAACGCACAAACCCCAAGACUGCAUCGAAAACGUAAGCUGACCGAGAAUCGCAUCCUGUUUGGAAGCGCUGGCAGCCGAAAUUCCACAGUAGGAGUGUCGGAGACCACCGGGGGGUUGGGUAGUCAUUGUGAUAGUCCCAGCACCGAGUCCCUGAAUUACAACAGCCGCAAACGAUUAGCUUUAGAUAGUACUAGUUCGCCGCGAACGCUACGCAGUCCGUCGAAUCUUACAUCGACACCUACGUCAUCUUCAGCGCUGGGAGAACGGAAGACUCCCCGAAGCGUAAUCCCUACCAAAGAUAACCCUCCUCCGGAACUGAACGAUUGGCUGCUUCAAUUCCAGCGAUGGACAUCGAUCGAGCGAUUGGUUGCGUUGGACAUGCUAAUCGAGCACUGCGAACCAGCCCAGGUUCGGCACAUGAUGAAGGUUAUCGAGCCACAGUUCCAGCGGGAUUUCAUCUCACUACUGCCAAAGGAGCUGGCACUGCAGGUCCUGUCGUACCUGGAUCCGAAAGAUCUCCUCCGGGCGGCCCAAACCUGCCGCAGCUGGCGUUUCCUAGCGGACGAUAACCUCCUGUGGAAGGAUAAGUGCAAGGAAGCCAGCAUCGUUAUGGAUGUGACCGGUGGAGAUCGACCGAAGCGUGGUCGCGCCGGCAAUAUGCCACCGAUUUCGUCGCCUUGGAAGGCGGCCUAUAUGCGGCAACACAUCAUCGAGAUGAACUGGCGCUCGCGACCGAUUCGCACUGCCAAGGUGCUUAGAGGCCAUGACGACCACGUCAUCACGUGCCUUCAGUUUUGCGGCAAUCGCAUCGUGUCCGGUUCUGACGACAAUACGCUCAAAGUGUGGUCCGCCAUCACCGGAAAGUGCCUUCGAACACUGGUCGGUCACACGGGUGGCGUCUGGUCAUCUCAGAUGUCCGGCAACAUCAUCAUCUCCGGCAGCACCGAUCGCACUUUGAAAGUGUGGAACGCUGAAACCGGACAGUUGCUGCAUACGUUGAACGGACACACUUCGACCGUCCGUUGUAUGCAUUUGCAUGGAAACAAAGUUGUCAGUGGAUCCCGGGACGCAACGUUACGCGUAUGGGAUGUCGACGAGGGUUCAUGUUUGCAUGUUUUGGUUGGCCAUUUGGCGGCCGUUCGUUGUGUUCAAUAUGAUGGGAGACUGGUAGUUUCCGGGGCAUACGAUUACAUGGUGAAAGUGUGGAAUCCAGAGAGACAGGAAUGUCUCCAUACACUGCAAGGCCAUACGAAUCGUGUUUACUCGUUACAGUUUGAUGGCAUCCACGUUGUGUCUGGUUCGUUGGAUACGUCGAUUCGAGUUUGGGAUGCGGAAACGGGCAGUUGCAAGCAUGCUCUAAUGGGCCAUCAAAGUUUAACUUCCGGUAUGGAACUCAGAUCGAAUAUUCUAGUGUCAGGCAAUGCUGACUCCACAGUCAAAGUAUGGGACAUCCUCACUGGGCAGUGCUUGCAGACUUUAUCUGGACCCAAUAAACACCAGUCUGCUGUCACGUGCUUACAGUUCAACUCUCGCUUCGUGAUAACUAGUUCCGAUGACGGUACCGUCAAGCUUUGGGACGUCAAGACUGGAGAAUUCAUACGCAACUUAGUGGCCCUGGAAUCCGGCGGCUCCGGAGGUGUUGUAUGGCGCAUUAGGGCUAACGAUACGAAAUUGAUAUGCGCUGUCGGGUCACGCAACGGAACCGAGGAGACCAAACUGUUGGUACUCGACUUCGACGUAGAAGGUGCCUGUUUGAAAUGCUCAUAAGUUCUGGAUAAGUAUACUCUUCAAUAACACCACAGGCAUACAGGCAUAACAUUCGAGAAUAUUUCAUCGGUUCACGAUUUUCCGGUCAAUUAAAGUGACCUUCCGUAGCGUGCAAAUUAAUUUUGUUCGAGUUUAACAUUUUCUCACUACCGCCACCUGCUUCAUGGCUUCCGCAAGUCGUGUCGUUAGUUUGCGUAGAUGAAUUUGAUUGGUAAAUGUUCGGUGGAUUAUGUCUGUUUGCCUGUGAUAGCACCCUAAUCGAUAGAAAACCCUUUCUGUGUAUACUGCUGUUCAUCUCCUCGAAUCCUUCACAAAAAAGGUGUCUGUUAUGUAUCACGGGAUGAGCAUUGAGUUGCAACAAACCUCUUGAUAUGUGAGUUAUGUGAAGUAAUGCGAGUCGACUGAUCCAUGUUGAUUUCUUACCAUUUUCAUUAGUCGAUACCAAGCACAAUGGAUCACCUGAAGGCAAUAUGUUGAAAUUCAGUAAUUUGAUGUCAAAAUAUUCUAUGCGACAGAAAUGUGAGCUGUUAUGUCUACCCUUCGAUUGAGCUCAUGAGUGCAAACUCUGGAGUCCUACGUGAAACAAACAAUCAGUAACGUAAACAAUGCAGUGUAUUAUUACACUUUUUUCGAUUUUGUCAGAUACUCACUCCUAGAGGGGGAAUGUGUCAUUUUAAACAAAGGUAGAGUGUAACGCCAGAUACUUCCCGUAGGGCUACGUCAUUUUCAAUGAAAGCAUUAUUCUUUCUUAUCAAAACCUUAGCUACUCGAAAUUUUGUGAUGCGACCGGUUAAUUUAUUACCUCUCGAGUUGAGAAUAAAAAAUUAAGCCGACAAAGGUUAAAAUAAGAGAGAAAUGAAAAAAGUGUCGGCAAACACUCAAACCACUGUAUAAUUAUUUCGUAUUUUCAAAUGAAGAGGAAUCUUUUGCUACUAAUCAGCUUGUCCUCCACAGUAAAUCAACAAGAAGUAGGCAAUUGGCCAUUCACUAUACUUACUUUUUAUCAAGUUGACCACAGGCAAGUUUUCCACAAAACGAGUCGAGGAAAAACAUUGAACUCAGCUCAUAAAGAUUCACCUUGAAAAAUUUAGAAAGUGAUUCAUUGAAUUGGCAACAACAACCUGAAUAAUUGUAUCACAGAAAGGUGUAGUUAUAGUAAUGGAAGGAAGCAUAAAAAAAAUCUAAAAUGAUCCCUAUCAAGAGGAUUACAACAAAAAAAAGAUCUUAUACCAAUAGUGAAAAACAAAAUGAAAGUGCUUGAUUAUUAAAAUAAUAAGCCAAUUGAUCAAUCGAAACCGGAGAGACUUAUCGAUUCGUGAUCACGUCCUGCCGUACUGUUAGCGUUCUCGCAAUGAGCAUUUUGUGUUCGCUUUGAAUUUGUUGAACUUUGUUUCCUUGUUGAGUUAAACGAAGAUCGGUACUGUUCUUUCUAGCGUAUAUAAUUUUCUGACAACGCCGUGCGUUGCUCGUACGUAUUACGCCUUUCCGUAUCUUUAUGUUUUCUUUUAAAACAGAUCGGAAGAGCGAACUUUAUUUCAAUUUAAAUAUUGUUCUUUUAGAAAUCUAUCUACCCAUUUGUUGUAAAACAAAGCGAUUCAUUCACAAUCUCAUUGCGGGCGCCAUUGAACAGGACAACUGAAUCGAUUUGAUUUUCUCCGACCUUGGUAGUUUUUGAUUCCAUCAAUGGCCAGGACAAACAUGCUUUAACCGAAUAAUGAUACACAGCUUUCGCUUUAGUUUUUAGUAUUCAAUCCUCAAUUUUUCUAUGAUGUCUUCGUCGAGUGUAUCGAAGGAACAGGCACCAACUUAACAUAAACAAUUGACUAGAGUUACUAUUAGCAGUGUUUAAAUGAAUAAAAUCAAACAGACAGAAUUAAACCAACCCUUAAUAACCAACAAACACACAAAUAUGCUAAAAAAUCACACAGCAUCUGCUGAAUAAAAGUUAGCUGAAAAACAGAAAAACACAAAAUCGCAAAAUAAUAACCUUAACAAAAACAACAAAAUCGCAAUUAGAAAAAAAAACGAAAACAGUGUACAAUUUAGUUAGUUGCCUGUUGAAAAAUUCGAUGUCACAAAUGUAUAGAUUCCAUUUGAGAGAUCUUUUGUUUUUAUUAUUUAAGUUUUUGCAUCAGUUAAAAAAAAUUAUUCCUCUUUAGCAAAAUUAUUACUCCUAGAAUUUAUUUUCAUUAUCUCAUCUGGAAAACGAGAUUUGUUUUGGACGAUUUCGAUCUUUCUUAUAAAUUUUUUCCCUGUUGCAAAAUCUGAGGUAGGAUUAAAAAAUAAAUCAUCCUUCAGUUAUAACGCUGAAACACAAAACCACACGCCAAUACAAAAGAAGAUAAACAAAGAACAAAUUAACCUCUAAACUGUAAAGAAAAUUAUACGAAUUGUGUAGUAGUGAGUUACUGCAAUGCUACUCAACAAAAAAAAUUGUCGAAAAAUCCAAUAAAAAGUGAAUACAUUUAGUAAUGCAUUACCAACUAUCGGAAAAAAUAA